ACGUGUCUCAGCCACGUGUGCGGAAGUGGCGGGGGAGGCGGCGGCGGCGGCGGGCCCGGUGCUGCGGGAGCUGCGGGGGGCCGCCAUGCCGCUGAAGGCGGUGAUCCUCAUCGGGGGCCCGCAGAAGGGGACCCGGUUCCGGCCGCUGUCCUUCGAGGUGCCCAAGCCGCUCUUCCCCGUGGCCGGGGUGCCCAUGGUGCAGCACCACAUCGAGGCCUGCGCCAAGGUGCCCGGCAUGAAGGAGAUCCUGCUGAUGGGCUUCUACCAGCCCCACGAAGCCCUCAGCCGCUUCCUGGUGUCGGCGCAGCAGGAGUUCAAGAUCCCCAUCAGGUAUCUCCAGGAGUAUGCAGCCCUGGGCACGGGUGGUGGCAUCUAUCACUUCCGAGACCAGAUCCUGUCAGGUGGUGCUGAGGCUUUCUUUGUCCUCAACGCGGACGUGUGCUCAGAGUUCCCCUUGCGGGAGAUGCUGGAGUUUCGGCAGCAGCACGGGGACGUGCACAGCUUUGUCAUUCUGGGUACCACAGCCAACAGGACGCAGGCGCUGAAUUAUGGCUGUAUUGUGGCAAAUGCAGACACGCAGGAGGUCCAGCACUACGUGGAGAAGCCCAGCACGUUUGUCAGCGAGAUCAUUAACUGUGGCAUCUACCUGUUCACGCCUGCCAUCUUCCAGCACAUCGGUGAGGUCUUCCAGAGGAACCAGCAGGAGCUAGUGCUCUGUCCUUACCUUGGAGAAGAGAGUUCCAACGGCUGGCAGCGUGCAGAAGUGAUCCGGCUAGAGCAGGACGUUUUCACGGCACUGGCUGGGAGCGGCAAACUCUAUGUCUACAAAACUGAUGGCUUCUGGAGCCAGAUCAAGUCAGCUGGCUCUGCUAUCUAUGCCAGCCGCCUUUACCUGAACCAGUACAGCAAAAGCCACCCCGAGAGGCUGGCCCAGAACAAACCUGGAGGCCCUAUCAUCCGAGGGAAUGUGUACAUCCACCCGACGGCCUCCAUCGACAGCACUGCAGUGCUGGGCCCCAACGUCUCCAUUGGGGAGGGGGUGACGGUGGGAGCUGGUGUGCGUGUGCGAGAGUCCAUCGUCCUGCACGGUGCCUCACUCCACGACCACACCUGCGUCCUCAAUACCAUCGUGGGCUGGGACAGCACCAUCGGGCGCUGGGCCCGGGUUGAAGGAACGCCCAGUGACCCCAACCCCAACGAUCCCUAUGCCAAGAUUGACAGCGAGACCCUUUUCCGGGACGGGCGCCUCACACCAUCCAUCACAAUCCUGGGCUGCAGCGUCACCAUCCCCGCUGAAGUUGUUAUUCUCAACUCCAUCGUCCUUCCUCACAAGGAGCUGAGCCGCAGCUACAAAAACCAGAUUAUCCUGUGAGUCAGCAGCUUGCUGGGUUAGGGGCCCCAGCGCCAGCCACCCACUCCCUGCUGUGUCCCACAGCCAGAGCCUGUGCUGAGGCUUCACCUCCUGGGAGGUUCCCAGCACCCCCAGAAGGGUAGGUGCAGGCCAGGAUCCCUGCAAGUGCCUGACUCCUACUCCAGACAGACAUUAAAGCUGGUGAGCAUCAGCUUUGAGUGCUGCUUCUCUCGCAGCCCAGGGACCAGCCCUGGGGCAGGGCGAAGGCUUCAGGGGAGAGCACGUGGCCCUGGCACCAGGCUCUGUGCCCGUGUAGGGAGCUGUUGAGGGAACACUCACUGCCUGCAGCACCUUCAGUCCAGCUUUGGGUGUUUCUCCACCAAAGGGCGCUAUCACCAGCAUCUCGCCACCCCUCACCAGGCUCUCCCUGCAUCAGUUGCUGUCUGCAACUCCUCAGAAGGUCUCGACCCAUCUCAGAGGCUGGGGAGCUUUCAGUGUGCCUGUUCUGCAGAAGCAGCUCACCCUGCAAGAGCUGGUUGUGAAGAUCCCAAGUUCAGCAGCGUGGUUGCAACAGCCUGAGCUGGGCUCCUGCUUACUGCUGGGAGAACAGCAGCACCAGGCUGGCCUGAGGGCACUGGCACACAAGGGCUGGGUUGGACAGGGAGGCUGCUGGCUCUGGAGGGAGCUGCAAAAGCACCCCUUCUUCCCGCAGCACCACCUCUGCCCCCCAGGGCUCAGCGUGAGCCAGGAGAGCUGCCAGCCCUGCCGAGCCUGCUCCCAUCAGGCUGAGACUUGUGCAGGCUGCAGGAUGAUGGUAGCAGGCCCCUGCCACCCUGGUGAGCCAACAGCCUCCUCUGCACCCUGGGUGUAGCUUGGGGGCUCACUGCAUGUCUCCCCUCACACCAGCCACAUCCACAGGAGACCGUGUUACAUGCAUGCAGGUCACAGAGAGCUAGUGCCUUGCUCUGUCUCAAAAAAGCCUGGUUUUCUUGAAGGCAGUUCCCAGCUGAUGCUGGCACAGUCUGUCUGUGGUAACCAACACUGCCCUUUGUCUACUUACCUCCCCAUCCUUACCUCCGGUUUUGGAGGUCUGUGUUUAGGCCCUGCACUCCACCAAGGGCCCCAUCACACCUCUUACCUUCAGGGAGGCACUGCAUUAGGGAUUCUCUAUCCAUCCAGUACCACCCUGGCUUGAUGGAUUUGCAGCAAAUCCUUGCUCCCAGCCCUGUGUUUUCCCAUGCCAGUUCUGCUCUGGUCCUGGGUGGGGAUUAGCUGUUCUCUGGCUUUAAGCACAUUAAACUUCAGUUUUGCCUCUGC